CAAGUCGGGGAGACCAAGGGGACGAAAGGCGGCGAAAGGCGGCGCCGUGAAACAGAUUGCUGGAUGUGGAAACUCAAAGAAAGAAACAAUUGCGAGGAAUCAAUUCGAUGCUGAGGCUUGUGAAAGAUGUGAUAACUGAUAAUUGUGUAGGUAGUUUGGUGCAAGGUGUACGAAGCCGGAGUAUCUGAGUACUCGGCUUGUCGUGGUGACACAUGUAGAACCAAGAUAAAAAUUGCUGAUGCUCGUUUUCCCGGACUAUGGGUGCCAGCCAGGGAAAAGAGAAGCCUUUGAAUACGGUGGGUGCGGCCAACAAGGCGAAGACAUCAAAAUAUCGGCAAUCCAAUCGGGAUAUUGGAGAUCAAAGAGCAUCAAACAGACGAAAUGUCUUCACGGAACAUAGUGAGGCCCUGCUGGCCACCCGACCGCGACAGCCGUUCCCGGACAUCGGCGUCGACCCUGACCAGGUGUCGCUGGCCUCCAGCGUCACAGGCGGUCGAUGGCAGAGCAAGGAGAACCUGCUCUCGGACAUGGUCGACGAUCCGGAGACGUUCGUCGCGCUGUACGACUUCCAGGCUCAGGGCGACAACCAGCUUAGCCUCAAAAAAGGCGAGCAGGUACGCGUGCUCAACUACAACAAGUCGGGCGAGUGGUGCGAGGCGCACAGUAUGAAGGGCGACGCCGGCUGGGUGCCAUCCAACUACGUUACGCCAGUUAGCUCGCACGAGAAGCACAGCUGGUACCACGGCGCUAUCUCGCGCAGCGGCGCAGAGUACCUGCUCAGCUCAGGUAUCAACGGCAGCUUCCUGGUGCGAGACAGCGAGUCGAGUCCGGGACAGCUGAGCAUCUCACUGCGCUACGAGGGCCGCGUCUACCACUACCGCAUCACCGAGGACGGCAACGGCAAGCUGUACGUCACGUCCGAGAGCCGGUUCAACACCCUGGCCGAGCUGGCGCACCACCACUCGUCGCACGCCGACGGCCUCAUCACCUGCCUGCUCUACCCGGCGCCCAAGCGCAACAAGCCGCCCGUGUUCGCCGUCAGUCCAGAGACGGAUAAGUGGGAGAUAGAGCGUACCGACAUCACCAUGCGACAUAAGCUGGGCGGUGGCCAGUACGGAGACGUGUACGAGGCUGUGUGGAAGCGCGGGGGACGCCAGGCCAUCACCGUGGCCGUCAAAACGCUCAAGGAGGACACAAUGCAGUUAGACGACUUUCUGGAGGAGGCCGCGAUCAUGAAGGAGAUGAAACACCCCAAUCUAGUCCGACUUCUCGGGGUGUGCACUCGUGAGCCGCCUUUCUACAUUGUGACCGAGUUCAUGUCGCGCGGUAACCUGCUCGACUUCCUGCGCGCCGCCAACCGUGAUGAGGUGGACGCCGUCGUGCUCAUGUACAUGGCGACCCAGAUCGCGUGGGCGAUGAGUUACCUGGAGAGCCGAAACUUCAUUCACCGGGACCUGGCGGCGCGCAACUGUCUGGUGGGCGACAACCAGCUGGUGAAGGUGGCCGACUUCGGGCUGGCGCGUCUGAUGAGGGAUGAUACGUACACGGCGCACGCGGGCGCCAAGUUCCCCAUCAAGUGGACCGCUCCCGAAGGACUGGCCUACAACAAGUUCUCCACAAAGUCGGACGUCUGGGCGUUCGGUAUCCUGCUCUGGGAGAUCGCCACCUACGGCAUGUCGCCGUACCCGGGUGUCGACCUCACUGACGUCUACCACCUGCUGGAGAAGGACUAUAGGAUGGAGUGUCCUCCGGGCUGUCCGUCGCGGAUUUACGAGCUGAUGCGGCAGUGCUGGCGAUGGGGACCGGCCGACCGGCCCACCUUCCGCGAGAUCCACCAUAGCCUGGAGACCAUGUUCCAGGAGUCUAGCAUCAGGGACGAGGUGGAGCAGCAGCUGAAGCGGCACGAGGGCCAGCCCUCGGAGCAGGCGCCGCCGCUGCCCCCGCAGCCGGAGCGGAGCCGGGCCAGGGGCGAGCCGCCGCCGCCGCCCCCGGCAGCGCCCAUCCCCUCCAUCAAAUGCACCCGCGAGGACGGCAGGGCCAGUCCCCGGCGAGCAGACGACGCACCGCUGGUGGACGCUCAGGCCUCUGGACCCGUGUCGACCAAGUCGACGGUGGUUCAGCUGCGCCGCGCCUCCAACAGAAAGCAGGCGCCUGCGCCGCCCAAGCGUACCAGUGCACGCCACAGCUCGUUCCGGGACAGCUCGUACACGGAGGAGGUGGCCGAGGACUCUGAGGGCGGCGCCGGCGGCUCGGAGCCCUCCGACCCGGCCGACGAGCGCACUCCGGAGACGGAGGAGUCGGCGCGCUCCUCGCGCUCCACGCCCUCGCACAUGGCGUCGGGCCGCCACCCGCCCGCCGCCGACCGCGCCAAACGUGCCAAAACGUUCCCGUCGCCGGCGCAGCCGCCGCGCAAACCGAUCCAGGUAGCGCCGCUGGAGGAGCACCACGUCAACGAGUCCAUCAAGCGGUACGGCACGCUGCCCAAGGGCGCGCGCAUCGGCGCCUUUCUGGACUCGUUGCGCGAGAGCGGUAUGCGUGGCAGUGCGGAGGGUGGUGAGGCGGCCGCCGGGGCGGGAGGCGAGGCUCGCGCGCCGCGCAGUCACACUGAGGCGGAGGGCGUGCGGCCGCCGGCCUCCGCCGCCGCCGCCAAGAAACCGUCUGCUAUGGUGCGCUCCAACUCAUCCAAUAGUGGCUUCCAGAGUCCGCGGCUGUCGCGGCUCAGUCCGAGGGUGUUUGCCGGCGCGGCGGGCGGCGGUGGUGGUAAUGGCGGGGGCGGUGCGGAGUCGGCGACCGACCGGCGCCGGCCGUCCCCGCGCCAGAAACGGAAACCGGCCGAGCUGGAGUUUCCGCCGCCGCCGACGGAGCUGCCGCCGCCGGACGACAUCGAGGCCGACUUCAUCAUCGACCCGACGUUCCCGCCGCCGCCGCCGGACCUCAAGGACCAGCUGUCGACCGGCGGCCCUGUGAUGCAGAGCUUCAGUCAGCCGCCGGCUGGCCGCGGCAGGCCGGUGCCCAGUCCUCGCACUCAGCGCCGCGCAGAGUACUCAAACCUCUCCGAGCGCGCCAAGCGCAGUGACGACCUGGUGACGCGACUGGGGACCGGGCAGCGCGCGCGGCCGCAGCCGCCGGCGGCGCCCAAACCGGCGUCCCUCACCCCGUCCAUCAGUGCUCAGCUGGUCUCUGAGAUCCAGCAGAAGCAGCGUGAGAACGGUGCCGAGGGCGAGCCUCCCGCGGCGGCGGCGGCCGGCUCACAGCGCUCCGACUGGGCCCGCUCCGAGGCCAAGCUGCAGUCGUUCCGGCCGCCUCUGAGACGCGUCCACAAGUCAACCGAGGGCUCGCAGACGGACGAGGCCGUCACCAGCUUCAAGUCGGCGCUUCGGAAAACGACCGGUCGCACCUCGGAGCGGAACGGUGACGCCGCGUCUCGGCCAGCCGACGGCACAGCGAGUCUGCGGUUUGGACUGCGGAAAACGCGAAAUAAAGACCGCUCUGCGGAGACGGCGCCGAAGGCGGAGCCGGAGCAGACCGACUUCCGGGCGCUGCUCAAAAAGCCGGACAAGAACGGCGUUCGGACGGAGGAGGGUGAGCCGCAGCCGUCCGACCCGGCCCGGCCCGAGAAGCCCUCUGAGCGGGUGGAGCGGUGGCUGGAGCAGGCGGGCUCGGCUACUGCCGCCGCCUCUACCGCUGCUGAGGGUGAUGGGGAUGGGGAGGGGGAGGAGGCGGAGCCCGAGCCUCCAGAGGCCGAGCCGGAGGAGCCAUCUGCCGAGGAGCCGCCGGUGGAGGCACCGGCCGAGGUCACUGACCCGCCGGAACAGGCGUCCCCCGACGACGAGCAGGACAAACGGCAGAGUGCCGGCAGCAUCAGCAGCCUGCGGAAAAUGUGGGAGGCCGAGGCCGCUGACAAAACCUCGCCGAAACUGUCCGACCGCUCGCCGACGUCGGAGCGAGCCUCGACGGCGCCGGCCACCAAGGAGGAGUCUCCUCCCCCUCCCCCUGCCCCGCAGUCUAGUCUGGAGCCGGCCGGCGAGGCGGCGCCGCCGUCGGCCGCCCCGGCGCCCGCUGAGAGUGGCGUGGAGAGUGUGCGUGCCAAGUUCGAGCGGCGCUGGCCGCCGACGCAGGAGACAGACAAGCCGGUGGUGCCGGUGAAGCCGUCCAUCAAGCCGCUGACGGCGGCCGGCCGCGCGCCCGCCGGCGGCCCGGGCGUGUACGCCACGCCGUGCAUUACCUCUGCCGAGCGCGGCACGCUCAAACCGCCGCCGCACCCGACCAGCGCGCCGCCGGCCGGCCUCAGCCGCUCGGCCGGCGCCGGCGGCUCGGCGGAGGCCGUGCGCGACCUGGCCGCCGCCGUGGAGCGCAGCCUGGGCGCCCUGGAGGCCUCGUCCGCCUCCAGUGUGGCGUGCAUGCAGCUGUCGGACAAGCUGGGCCUGCUGCUGACGGCGUGCGGCGCGCACGCGGACCAGGUGCCGCCCACCGGUCGGCUCCGGUUCCGUGACCUGCAGCGGCGCCUCGAGACGCACGCCGGCACCCUGCGCUCGGCCGGCGCGCGCAACAGCAGCGACGCCCAGCGGCUCUUCUCCGAACUAGCCAACACGGUGCGCGACGUGGUCAAUGUGGUGCAGCGAUGAGCGGCCGGCGACUGCGCCGCCACGCGCCGCCCGCGCCCUUUGUUUUUUGUGAUAUCCAUUUUAUUGCGUUGUCGGUGGCUCUUCUGCGCUUUAGUGGGACCAGUGUGUGCGCGCGGCCCCGGGCCGCCCGGUUGUGACAUUCCUUCCCGUCUCUGUCUCGUUUUUUUAUUCAGCAAUCGAAUGAGUUUUCAUGCGUACCCUGUGUUUUGCGGAUGCGCUCAUGAUCGAGACGACUGCAAUCGUGUGAGAGCAUGACUAGUAAGGAAAUGUCUUAUGCGCGAGUGUCUCCCGCCAUUCUGCGCGGGCGCCAUGCCAAAUUAUCCGGUGUCCGGCCGGCCUCGUGCGUCGGGACCGGCAGUGUGAGUGCGAAGAGGAGCCAUGACCGGGGGCGGCGCCCGACCUUGCCAUGUGGGACCGGCGGCGCGGCGGCCGGCCCCGACCGGCGUGUAAUACUCAGUGCGAGCGCGCGCGCGCCGCCGCCUGCCGAGUUUCAGUUCCUGGUCGGACGCCGGCGGCCGGUGCCGGUCGCGUCAGUGAGUCGGUUUCAGUGACCAGCGGGGUGAUAUGGCCGCUCUGGCUCGGCCCAGGCCCCGUUUUGUAUACCAUGUAUAGUUUAUAUCUCAAAGACAAUACACGUAAUUCUGACAGGAAGCUACGAUCAGUAUCUUCUUGUUGGAGGUGAUGCA